CCCCACACACCCACUCCUCUUCCCCACAUUUCAGGGCCAUCUCUUUAAACCCCCCUAUACCUCGUUAAAUUUCACCACCAAAAAACAAAAGCUACUUUUAUACGGUGCAAACGCAGGAGAACCACUUCUAUGCUAUAGAUUCAUAAUGUCUAUCUCUUCAGAUACUUCAGGUUCCGUUCCAGGUUCUCCAAUUGAACUAGAACCAGAAGCAGAAACCAUAUGCCGCUGGCAAGGAUGUAACCAAGAUUUGUACACCCUCGAUAAUCUCGUGUACCACAUCCAUCAUGGCCAUAUUGGUAACAGAAGACCAAAGUACACGUGCGAAUGGGAUGGUUGCCCUCGCAAAGGUCUUGCCCAAACAUCACGAUUCGCUCUUGUAGCCCAUCUGCGAUCACAUACCGGUGAAAAACCGUUUAUAUGUUCUGUACCAGAAUGUGAUCGAUCAUUCACUCGUUCAGACGCGCUAGCAAAGCAUAUGAGAACAGUUCACGAAGCGGACACAUUAAGACCGUCAGACCCAAUUCCAAAAGCCCAUCCUAUGCAUCCGCAAAACGUGGCAAAUGCAAUGGUGCAGAGUGCUCGGGAAGCACGAGCUGCCCAACAGAGACAAGAAGCUGGCUUGCUCAACGUGGACAUUGAGAAUUGGUUGGAUGCCUCUGCUAUGCCUAAAAGCUCCCAUGAUAUGUAUCGGUUGCAAAAGCGGAAACUUCAAUGGGUAAAGAAGGAGAGAGACUCCUUAAAGGCUGAGCUUGAAGAGCUUGAAAAACGGGUUUUAGAAGCAAAGACUGCAAAAGAGUAUGUUUUAGAUCGGCUAGUCCAAAACGUGGACCCUACUAUGUCUCGUUGAGACAAUCCAAGACUCUUACAUGACCUUUGGGGAAAAAAAUUACAGGCAAAAAGGGUUGCUACGAGACAUUUCUGGGAACGAAAUUAAAAAAGAAUAAGAUUGCAACUUGAGC